CUUCAGCGCACAACCUUAAGAUCACUCGUGAAAGCCAUACUGACCAUUUCAAUUAAUUUCAAUAAAGGGGUUUCAACGUCGUGCAACUUCCUUUGCUGAUCGUUGGAGAUGGCCGCAGAAAGCGUGGAAAUGAACGGAGAUGCUGAUAGAAACAGCGGUGGAGAGACCCCUCUGGCGGGGCGCUGGCGGCGCAAUCCCGGCCCGCUCAACAUGAACCACUACGCCAACAAGAAGAGCGCAGCGGAGAGCAUGCUGGACGUGGCCCUGCUGAUGGCCAACGCCUCCCAGCUGAAGGCCGUGCUGGAGCAGGGGCCUGACUUCACCUUCUACUCCCCCCUCAUCGCGCUCAUCAGCAUCAGCAUCAUCCUGCAGGUCAUCGUGGGCAUCCUGCUCAUCUUUAUUGUGAAGUGGAAUUUGAACGAUGAGAGCAAACACUUCAAGCUGAACGUGCUGGAGAACAUCGCCACGGGGCUGGUCUUCAUCAUCGUGGUCGUUAACGUCUUCAUCACGGCCUUUGGCGUCCAGCGGCCCAACAAGAGCGCUUGACUUGUGGGACCGGACGUGACCCUUCAUUAUAAAGGUCCCCAUUGUUCUGUAUCUCGCAAGAGAGAGGAAUUGGGGUGGCCAAAGAUGGAAAUUUAUGGGUUGCCAGAACCGGGGUCACACACAGCAACGAGCCAUCAGGUUCUUCUGGACAGAGAGAAGUGACCGUUUCAACCUGCCAGCCUUCACACAGCAAUUGGAGAAGGCCUCCACGUCACCAGCACCACAAAGCUUUCCCUCUAAUCAGGUUUACAAACACAGAGAAUCAGGAUUUCACCCUUGGAUCAAACCCACUGUGUGGCCACCACAAAAAACUGGAUACCAGAAGGAGAAAACCUUUCUUGGUAUUCCUUUUUAACAGACUGUUCAAUGCCAUAAGUGUACAUUUGUUCUUUAGGUUUAUUUAAAACGUUCUAUAAAAAUGUCAUAUACCUCAGACGCUGUCAUUAAAAAGGGGCCUUAAAAUGAUUUCACACGUACUUUCAGGGCAUUCCAAAGUAAAUGUCCUUUCCAAAACAAGCGGAGUGCAAGUCACACAAAGGACCAUUCAGUUUGAAAAAUCUAGUGUCAUUGCAAAGCUCUGGAUAUCCCCUGUUCUUUGCUGUUAUUUUAUUUUGAGCACAAUGAGCGUAUCAGGCGUUCCACAGUGUUUAGUUGCCAUGGAGGGGGUGUACACCCUAUAUGGAAUGACCUUUUCACAGACAUGUAGCAUGUGAAAUUCUUUGUACUUGAACUUUCCCCAAAGCAACUGAAAUAUGCUUUUUAUAUGAUCAUUGAUUUUUCAAAAAGAUGUUUGUUACAGUAUACAAACAAAACAAACAACAAACUUCAUACAAACUACUAAACCAAGUUAUUACCAGCACUAAUUGGCAGAAAGCUUAGAACGCUUCCUGUCUGACUACUUUCAGUAGCAGUUGUGCCAUUCCUGACCCACAGUUACUGGCACUGUUUCAGCAAUAGCUGUAUGCAAAAUCACAUUGCUGUUAGACAUACUUAGAUUAGCAUUGCCCUUUGCAGACAUACUGUGAAGUGUUCUCCACAGUCUGUGCUGAAAUUAGAAUUAGAGGAGGUGCACUGGAGCCUACACUGAAGGAGAAUUCUUUCAGCAAAUAACCCUUUCAGCUGUCUUGCAGUUGAAACUGCAGUACACAGUUGUCUGGAGGAAGAGCACCCUCUAGUGUUCACCCUGAUGCAGUCCACUAGGCACCCUCCAUGUCCCUGGUGAGGUACCCCUCUGAGUAUGGCAUGGCUGACUGCUGGAGCUUUUGUUGUUGCCUCCUAUAUAUUUAACUAUAUAACUAUGCAAAAAACAAACAGUAACUCUGUGACCCCCAUAAGCAUCACAGAGUGGGAGCAAAGUUUUAAAUGAGCAAUACGCUCACUGUCCUAAUAAGCAGCUUGAUUUAGUUAACAGACAAUGUAGGACAUAACAACUGACCAAACCUGUUACCAGUUUAUUUAUUCAAAGAAGAAUACAUAUCACCCUCCCUGGCUCUGGGCAGUCUUAUCCCUGGACCUCAUCCAUUUUAAUCUGCUUGAUGUCCAAGGCAAAGAAGACACUGGAACAUUUUUAAAAGUAAAAAGUACCAGCAGGUUGUAUAAUCCAUCAAUUUAUUGAUCAAACCGAAAACACUUCAUCGUACAAACAAUUCCCUCAGGGUACAUACUGACAAUAUUUAGUAACAUUUCACAUUAUCUGUUGCAGCCCACACAGUAUGGAAACAUUUUGUGUACAGUAUUUCCAGUCGAUACUUGUAAAAUCGUGUGCCUCACUGUAUGAGGACAAAUGGUGCUUUGAGGUUGUUCAAAAAAUAUAUUUGUUGCAAACAUCCUACAAGAUGGGAGAAAAUGGCUGCUUGCUUCCCUUUUUGCCUUACUUCAAACAUACUUCCUUCUGUUUGAAGUGUGGAACCAUUCCUGUCACACUAGUGCUGCUCUCACAUAUUGAAACACUUGGGGUAUAAGUCCAUUUUCCUGACAUCUUUCAAGGGCAGUUAAUAAGAUGGGAACAAGUAAUACGCCACUGUACGUCCACGGCGUUUUCCUGACUUCAUCGUGUCAAGUGGUUGAAGUGGCUAAUGCACACAUGCGACUAAUACACAAAGUGGGAUAAAGCUGGCUCAGACACUCCAU